AUGGGCUCCGACCCGCAGUAUACCAGAUUUCCCGAUCUCACUCUCGCCCAAGAUGUCUUCAACCUCGCCAACCCAGCUUGUCCAGCCGCCUUACGGGAAGGCUCGCUGAAGAAGCUCCAGACCGCCAUUGAAGAGAAGCAGAUGGCCCCGUUGUACCGACAUCUAGCUCACCCCGUUGAUGGCAUCCUGAAUUCGUCAGGCGAAGCCGCCCCGCAACACAACACUGCCACGCCAAACAAGCCCACUGUUGGAUGCGACAUGCUACCUCAUACCCGGACCUCCACGAAUGUCGAUUUUCCUUGGGAUGAAAGCUUAUAUGAAAGGCUACUAGCUGAGAAUAAGAAGGAACUCGAUACUCUGCAAAAGGAGGAGGAGGAGGCAGCCGAGGCAGCUGGCGACACAGAAGUCCAGGCUGCGCGAGGAAAGCGCGCAGAAUUCUGGGCUCGAGUUGGAGAUAGGGAUAAAGCCGUGGCCGCCUAUGAAACUGUGUUCGAAAACACCGGAGUUCUUGGAACGAAGAUUGACCUGGUCUUAGCCAUGAUACGAAUUGGGCUAUUCUUUGGGGAUCAAUUAUUUGUCAAAAAGCAUAUUGAGCGUGCCAACUCUCUCGUGGAGGGGGGUGGUGAUUGGGAUCGCCGAAAUCGCCUAAAGGCCUACAAAGGUCUCCAUCUACUUACGGUUCGCAAUUAUAAGUUGGCUGCACCACUUCUGCUAGACAGUUUAUCGACCUUCACUAGCUACGAACUGUGCAGCUACUCGUCUUUGGUCGUAUACGCUGUUCUUGCAGGCUCCUUGUCAUUGAAACGGGUAGACUUCAAGGCAAAGGUGGUCGACGCGCCAGAAAUCAAGGCAAUUCUGGGUGAAGGAGAAGACAGGUUAUCGGCAUUAACAGGAGCUAUAUCGUCUGGCCCUGGCGCUGGGGAUGAAGAGAUGAAGGACGUAUCCAGUGCGACGCCCGGUCAAGCAUCGACCGUAGUCAAUCUCACAACCUUAGGUACCGGAAGCGGCGCGCAAGCGGAUACCGAGGCGCCUAUUGAUUUUACUCCACUUGCAAAUCUUGUGAGCAGUCUUUACAAUGGAAUAUAUCGCAACUUUUUCACAGCACUUGCGGCGGUUGAGGACAACUUUCUCACUCAAGAUCGAUACUUGCACGAGCACCGGGCCUGGUUCGUUAGGGAGAUGCGGUUACGAGGGUACCAACAGCUGUUACAAAGUUAUCGAGUGGUUGGGUUGACCAGCAUGGCGAAUGAAUUUGGUGUGACCGUUGAUUUCCUUGACAGAGAUCUUGCCAAAUUCAUUGCCGGUGAUAAGAUAGCCUGCACAAUUGAUCGAGUUAAUGGAGUGAUCGAAACCAACCGCCCAGAUGACAAGAACAAGCAGUACGCCGAUGUCGUGAAGCAGGGUGAUGCGCUUAUUACCAAACUUCAGAAAUAUGGGCAAGCAGUGAGAAUGAGAGGUAGCGAACGAGGAUAG